AUGGGUUGCGGUGCAAGCUCCUCUCGAAGCUCCUCUCGGCGCCGUGUCGUCUGUCACGUGCCAAAGACCUUCCUGGCCCCCCCGACGGAUGCUUUCCCUCCAGAUCGAGACAUGCAUGAGCUUCAUGUCCGAAAGCUGAACGCCUACCUCAGCCGCGUGAAGAAGAACCCGCGAGCUUUCGAGAAGAAGGUGGACAAACGUCGAGCGGAGAGCUUGGGAGGACCAUCAGACCCAUGGCCGAUGGACGCGGUUCCAAGGAGCACAGUGCCGAUGGACGCUGUGCUCAAGGACCGAGUGCAGGCUGUGCCUACGCAGACUUCUUGGCUCAACGUCGGCCCGUGA